UGGUUUUAGCGUUAGUGGAGCUGACAUCAUGGUGUCAGAGAGGGACGUUGUUGGGGCUGCUGCGGUUUUCCUUUUCGCCCUCAUCUCAUACAGUGAGGGCAUCGUUGGCGGGAGAGAGGCGGCGCCUCACUCCCGGCCCUACAUGGCCUCCAUCCAGGUGCCGGAGGGAGAGAACCUGAAACACGAGUGUGGAGGGUUUGUGAUCGCAGAUCAGUGGGUGAUGACUGCAGUCCACUGUCUGCCAGCAGGGGCGAAUGGAAGGAAGGUGGUGCUGGGUGUCCAUUCUCUGAGUGAAGCUGAAGAGACAAAGCAGACAAUUGAUAUCCUGGAACUUUACAAUCACCCUGACUUCAGCAUGUCAAAUUAUGAUAAUGACAUCACUUUAAUUAAGUUGGAUCGCCCAUUCAACGCCUCUGAAGCCGUUAAAGCCGUGGACUUUCUGCGAGCGGGUGGCAUGAACCCAGGCACGCAUGCAGAGGUGGAGACGGCCGGGUGGGGGUCCCUCGAUAACCUGGGCUCCCGACCAGACAAGCUCAAGGAGGUGGCGAUCGAGGUGGCCAGCUCGGCUCGGUGCGGACGCGGCGACUACUUCGGCUCAAAGUUCACCAGCAACAUGAUAUGUGCACAUCGAGUAUGCCCACAUCCCUGUGGGCGACCGCACAAGACAGAAGACAGCUGUGAUGGUGACUCCGGGGGUCCUCUGCUCUACAAUGGCAUCGCGGUGGGCAUCACGUCCAAUGGAGGAAAGAAGUGUGGCCAAGUGAAAAAGCCCGGCAUUUACACCAUCAUCUCCCACUACACCGAGUGGAUCGACGGCAUCAUGGCCCCGCAGCCCGAUGCAACACAAGACAUGCAGAGCGCCUAAAAGGAGGUGGCCGUGUUUACAUCGCCACAGCGAUGUACAGGUGGUGUGUGUUCGCCCAGUACGGGGAACAUACACCACCUGUACAAACAGAUUAGCCAUCACUUUAUAAGGGAAUCAUUACAAUAGUUGUAUCACAUUCAGAUGUCUUGAGUUGUAAGAUAACCACCAACCAUGUUUCAUUGCAAUUAACAUACAGUUGUGAUGAAGAGUUUAAAGUAACAUUAUGAAACAAUUGUACCAUAAAAUAACAGCUUUAAAAAAAUUGUGCCGCUACAAUGACUUUUAAUAUGGCGAUUUGCGCCUCCGCCAUCGGGGGUCUGUGGGGAAAUAACUCCGCUAUGUAGGAUUCUGGAGCCGCCCGAUCCGGGGCGGAUGUACUUCGACCUGCUUUCUGGCAGUGAUUACGCAAUGUCAUAUAGUGCCAGUCCACGCUCGAAGCUACAGUAUAAGGGCGAAGAAAAGCGAAGUCUCUCGUCAUGAAUUACACGUUCCAAUGUAAAUUAUGAAUAUGUAGCUUGUUGGUUUUGUAAACAAUAUUGUAUUCGAUCACACGUACUCCACAUUUAGAAAACAACGUACAUAGGCUGAAAACGUGAUCGGUAUUUCAUCUAAACUAAAUGUUGGCAUUCAUCUCCGAUAUCACAAUGAAUAAAACUAUGCAGUCAUAUUGAUGUAAAAUCUUUGAAUAUUCUUACCUUAUCGGUUGACAUCAUUUCUUGGUUUCUGACUGUCUGGUCAUCAAUACAAGUGUAUGCGAGGCUGCAUCUAUCGUAACUGGGUAUUUACCACACUGAAGUAAACGUUAAAUACCUCCAAAACUGAAGGGGGCGCUAAAAGGGAAAAACUCCAUUUUAGAUUUGCGUGAAUAUGUUUUUAUUCACAAAUGUUUUUUUGACUGCAGUGUUCAUAAUAGUGUUAUUAAAUCUAUUCUGAGUGAUUGCAUAACAAAGGCACAACAAGUAACCCAAGAGAUGUGCAGGGAUAAACAUUUUAGUAUUUACACAAGGAAAAGUUGCGCAAUAACUGAAACAACAUUCAGACGGACACUUUUGAGUCCGUUUGUUUUCCAUCUGCAGGACGGUGUUAAGGAAUGCAACUGUGAUGCAACCAAGAUAUCGGCACGCAGUGCAGAUCUCAUGAGCUUGUCGGCUAAGUCCUUGUCCCAAUGGGGAAGUGCAAAAGUAAACCGAAUCUGCAGCUGCUCUUCUUCUUCUCCUCCCCUCCCCCUCCCUUUAGAGAAACAUGGACAUGAAGGAUCCCUGAUGCUUCUGUGCCUCUGUGUGCUUUGGAAAAGCCCCAAACCGCCUCCAAUCGGUUUCAUACAAAAAGCAAAUUAUAACUGAUGCCCGCUGUAAAUAAAAUACAAAGUGUGUGUCAUUUGCUUCUGAUGAAUUUAUUAAUACGCUGACAUCAUCCAAAAUAUAUAGGAAGAUAAUUGUCUUUUGUGAUUUUGUGAAAUUCACUCAUAUGGAGGCAAUUUCCAGCAAACAAACCACGAUGACAUCAUCUACGAAAGCUAUGAAUCUUCAAUGUAUUUCAUUCCAGUGCAGAAUCCCUGCAGGACUGAUUCCAUGUAGUUGAAUAAACGUGUAUCUGAUACCGUCUUUUAAAAAAAAUAAACAAAUGAUACAAUCGCA